ACUCUGAUUCUUUAAUUCUUCAUAAUGUUAAUAAUAAUAAAGUAUAGUAGAUAAAAUAAUAAAAUAAUAAAAUAAUAAUAAUAAUAAUAUUCUGGAUUUUAAAUGAUAGACCGUUCAAAAUGGGUGCAACAAUGACCUAGUUUAAUUAUCGAACAUCAAUCUUCAUUCUGUGUUGACCAAUUGAUUUUGCCACGAAACGUUCGUAUCUCAAUCAUAAAUAUCUCAAUCGAAAAUCGAACGCGUAAAAUUCCGUCGUCGUGAAAAUUCCUGACUCAUUGAAUCUAAUACGAUGUUACAUGGUGAAAUAUGAGGAAUUAUUGCUCGAUGACACGCGAAAUAUUCGGGGAAUUGCCAAUAAUGUAAUCAGACGUUGGCGCGUGUCGCACGACGUAAAAGACCACUACCACUAGACGUCCACCUUCCACAUUCGAGGUGACUCGUUCUCGUCGCUAUGAGGAAAAUGUCAAGGCUCCAUUCUCGAAGCGAGAUGCUCUUCUCCUCCGGUACGCAAACAUCCGUGUUUUUCGUCUCUUUUAGUAUCUCCAAAUGGGAACAAUAGAGAAAUCAUGGUAAAAGAUUAUAAACAAUUAAAAAAAAAAAUUUAUCUUGUUUCUUCACACGAAAAAUUUGGCUUUUCCUCUGAAAACAGAAAAAAAAAGAAAUAAAACGUGCAUCAAAAAUAUGUUUCUGAUAAUUAUAAUAAGCGAAUCCUCACUUGUAUUACGAAGAUUAGAAUUUAAUUUUAUCAACAUUAAAUAACUCACUUAUUUUUUCUUUGCGUAAAAAGGUGCGUCGAAUCGCAACAAAAGUGCCACAUACAAAAUGCGUAUUUAUGUUUAGAACUCAUUGAGUUAUAAUAGCACGCUGUGACCAUCAUUCUUAAUGUAAAUUAUAUUUACGCACCAAUCUACGCAAUUAUGGCUGCUAUGUAUGAAUCAUGAAGAAAAGCGCAGUACGCGCAUAAACGUGCGUCUGUAAACGACGCGUGCUGCUCUUUAUUGGAUAUAAAAAAAAGACCCGGCUCUACUCGACGAUUACUAUCCUCGUUUCGAGGAGAUGGACAAGGCUGGUUGCGGAUGACAUUUAUCUCUCUUUAUCCUGACAUUCAAGCCCGAGCCAGCAGAGCCUCCGAUUUCAGAAUCAUUGUAAAAGGAUAAAGAGUACCGGUUGUUAAAGUUGUUACUAUAAACAAAAAACGACAGUAUUUAGGAAAUUGCAUAAAACAAUUUUCUACGUCGAUUCUCCUCCUGAAAUAAAAAUCUAAUUUGUAAAUCUAAAAAUGUUAUUAACUAUUAUCAGAAUCAAAUUUGAAAUAAAAUUACGUAUGGCGCAAUUAAUAAAUUUUGUACGGCGGAUUGACGGGCUGCAUCUCAAUCGUUUUCUAACUCCGUGUUGCAUUCCAAGUCGAGACAGAACGCAGAAUAAAUGAGUCGUUCGAAGCGGAGCGACGUGUCUUCGGCUUUUCGGCUACGACGGACGUCAUGGACAGCAGGGUCCCUUUUACUUUGAGAGGAAGACGCGCGCCGAUCUCCAUCGGCGAGCGAAGAGACGCGGCUAUCUUCUCCCGCUCUCAUCCGCGCGCGAAGAUGAUAAAAGCAUGCCGGGUGGCGGCGGCGGAUCGUAGUCUUCCUUUCGGGAUCGGGCCAGAAGGAACGUGGAUUUCAACGACGACGACGGAUGAGACCAAGAUGGCCUCGAAACCGAUCGUCCAUUUGCUAAUCGCCUGCGGCGUUCUCGCCGCGACAACGUCGCUUAAUCAAAACAGCAGAUCAUUUUCAAAUCAGCUAUUUGACAAUCAGCUGAAUCGCAUUCAGCAACAAUAUUCGCCGAAACGUGGCUCGUCCGCAUCGUGUCCGGAGAGGAACGGCCGUUACCCGAUGCACAAUCAGUGCGACGGUUACAUCGAGUGCAUCGAUGGAAUUGCCGAAGAAAAACUGUGUCCCGAGGGCUUGUUUUUCAACCCUGAAGCGCGCUUCAAUUAUCCCUGCGGAUAUCCCAUCGACAUAGACUGCACGGGCAGGCCAAAUUUGCAGCCGGCAGCUCCGACCAACGAUUGUCCUCAUCAAUACGGUUACUUCAAGAUCGGCGAUCAUCAGCAUUGCGGUCAGUUUAUGAAUUGCGUGGACGGCAGGGGUUACGUGUUUGAUUGUCCGGAGGGUCUGGCCUUCAAUCCGCAGACCUAUCGAUGCGACUGGCCGGAUCAAGUACCAGAUUGUGAUGCCGAGACUUUCCUUGGCUUCCGUUGCCCGGAGGUGAAGAGCGGUUUCUUCUUGGACACCGAGAUUAAGUUUUAUCGUAGCCCAGCCGACUGCCAUCAUUAUUACAUCUGCGUAAAUGGCCGUCCAAGAUUACAAAAUUGCGGCAUUGGAAAUGCCUACAACGAACUUAUCGAUGCCUGCGAUGCUGCGGAAAAUGUCACCGGCUGCGAACAUGAAGCAAUAGCGAGAACUACUCCAUACCAACAGACAAGGCUUUUUUAAAUUUUGAUAAAAUUGAAGAACGGAAGCGGAAACUGAUAGCGCAAUAAUUCUGAAGAAAUAGCGAUCAAGAUCGCAGCAAUUUUUGAUACAAUACAUUUUUGACACGACAAAACUGCAUACGUGACUACAAAUAAUAAUCCAUAAAAUUAUGAUUUAAAAAUGCGUUAUGUUGAUUGAUAAGAACAAAAUACAAAUCCAAUUGCCAUACGUGCGUUGAUGCCAUAAAUAGUGUGUAUGUAUAUACUAUUACUUAAGAAUAUAAAUUUUAUGUAGAAUACUGUUAAAACUUUUAAUAAAUAAAAGUGUAAAAAUAUUUAUCUUCCACCAAACACCCUUUACAGGCAAUUAUUUUUAUAAUUAAAGCGCAAAAUUACACACUGGCAUCGUUUUGUGGCAUUGAGUUCUACAAUUGACAAUUUAUUCUAGUAAAUUUUAUCUAACAA